AUGAAGGAAUAUGCAAAUGAACACAAUGACGACAAAGGCGAAGUGACAAAAUGUGAAAGUGAGUACAGUGCCCUGCUGGAGUGUUUGGAUACCUUCGAUAGAAAUUGGGCAAAAUGCCAAAACGAAUUGAAGAAAUUCCGUGCAUGCUACAGUGAGGAGAGCAGACAGAAGAAUGGGUCAAGCGGUUAG